UCAAGUUCGGCAUCCCGACCCGCAGGACUUGGAAACACCUUCGACCCCAUCCGCGACCAGGUUGCGCACACCAUCGUCGUUCGCGCCACUUACAAAGCAGAAACGAUAGAUGGGACGAAAGUUGGCGUGAUCCUGACAUUGCCCCACGACGCCGGCGAGCAGUUCCUCAAGGUAGUCGCUUCGCGUCUCAAGCGCGCCAUGACAAUCCCUAAGGUCGAAUGUUACCUCUUCAUUCUCGCCCUCCCCACCCAAGGCCUCAGCCCACUCCUGAUCUGCAGCUCGGACGAGCAGCUCUCCGAACGCGCGGGUCUGCUCGUGAACUCGAAGUUUCUGAACCGCAUCGCCCGGCACGAGCUGCGGCACGGCCGCUGGGGCGCGCUCGUGCGCGACCUCUGCACGACAACGUACGAUGAAGCCGCGCUCUGGGACGCCGUGCGCAAAGCCGCGCGCAAGCCCAUUGACCCGCUUAUCCCCCCACCCGGCUCCCGCAGCAUCUCGCAGGUCCUCGAGCACGCGCGCGCGAGACUGCAGCGCAUCACCCCGGAACAGGCGUUGCACGAACUGCAAGACAAUGCGCCACUUUGGCCGGUCGUCUUGGUCGACAUCCGCCCGGAGGCGCAGAGGAAGGCCUUUGGCAGUAUCGCAGGAGCACUCAUCGUCGAGCGCAACGUGCUCGAAUGGCGUUUCGACCCGCGCUGCGCUGCUCGUUUGCCCAUCGCCGAUCGCUAUGACCUUCGCGUCAUCAUUUUUUGCCAGGAGAGCUACACCUCGUCCCUUGCUGCUGCGUCGUUGCACGAUCUUGGGAUGUUGAAUGCCACGGAUAUGAUUGGUGGCUACGCGGCGUGGAAGGAGGCAGGUUUGCCUGAUGAGGUUGAGGUCUCGUCGACGGCGCCGCCUACAGAGGGC